AUGGAAGGCAAAUUAAUUUUAGCUCCUUUCCUUCUACUUGUGCUGGCAUUGGUAUUGGAGUACAAGGUUACAUCUGCAGACGUUUGUGCAUCAAGUCCUAUCUUAAUUAAUAGCUCAACAACUGGAAAAUUUUCAAGUCCAAACUACCCCAACAAUUAUCCUCAUAAUGCAAAUAAAACCUGGAAGAUCGUAGCUCCAAUAGGCCAGUUAUUGUAUUUGUAUUAUUGUAUUGUCAAUGCAAUACUCACGGCUGAAAAUGGAACAAUAACAAGCCCUGGAUAUCCCGAGUACUACCCUCACGGGUUGUUUUACUUAUGGAGGAUCACUGUACCCGAGGGAUAUGUGGUACAAAUAAACUUCACAACAUUGAUAACMCAACACUCAGCUUCAUGUACCAACGCAAAAUCGAAAUGUAAUUGUGAUUACGUUCACGUGCUUGAUGGUCCGUGUCCAUUUUACAACAUUGGUACUAAAUGGUGUGGAGCCUGGACGUCGCGAUACGUUUAUCCCAGUUACAUUACGACGGGUCGACACAUGGUACUGUUAUUCAGGUCUGACUUGACAAAUAACCAUGUUGGCUUUGUCGCUCAUUACAGAAGAGCCCUCAACUGUAGCGGUGACAAGCCCAUUUCCUGCGUGAAAAACAGUCAGGCAUCUUGCUGUGUCAGAGAAGCAAGCACCUGCUUAAGUCAAACAUCAAUAAGGAGCCACUGUCCACGUGAUGGCGACCCUGCAAGCUUCAUUGGGUGUUGUACUGUAAAUGGAUCUCCGUCAUGCUGUCCUGUCCUUCAGUCAGGCAACAACAUUAGCUGUCCACGUUCUUCAGACAACCAUGCCUUCAUUGAUGUUUGUCUCAAUGGCGGAAAACAAAUCUGCUGCAACAGAAAUCUUCCAGCUUGCAGAUACAAUACCCUUCUGACAGACCCAAAUGGAGUCAUUACAAGUCCUGGUUAUCCAUCAAGUUACCCACCUAAUUCAUUGGUUGUUUGGAGAAUCACUGUGCCCGAAGGCUUUCUUGUGCAAAUAAAUUUUACAACAUUGAAAAUAGACAAAGGGUUUUCCUGUUCAAGUUGCAACUGCGACUAUGUAGCCGUAAGGGACGGACCUUGCUCAAACAUUGAUGGCAUUAAGUGGUGUGGAAGUAGCUGGAAUAGACUUCCAAGCUUUGUAUCAACGGGAAGACAUCUUCAGGUGGUUUUUAAAUCUGAUCAAUGGCGAAGUGAURACGGGUUUGUUGCACGGUACAGAAGAGCUCUGAAAUGUGGUGGUGAAACAUCUUAUUCUUGUUUGAACAACGGUGAGCCAGCAUGCUGCAAGACACAAGGAGCCAGUCUUGUUUCUACCGCAACAAAGCUUUGGAUCACUAUGGUCAUCAUGACAACAGCGUUGCUGCUGAUGUAGUAUUUCAUGCCCAAGUGAAACAUCAUUGGACAUCGUAUAGCUUUAACUCCUAAAUGUUAAAAGCAAAUUGACCACUUUAGAGACGAGCAAAAUACUGGGGCGAGCUGAUAAAGCAUCUCAAUAUUAGUACGUCUGUGAAAUUUAAACAUGAUUGGAUGAAAAGAGCCAAAGUUACAAGCCUUAAAAUGUCUUGAAAAAUUUACAAAGUGUCACCAUACAAGUAACCAUACAUUCUUUGAAAAUUUUCAACACUUUUGAACUAGCCAAUCAUUCUGGUUCGUUUCGUCCAAUCAUGUUCAAAUUUGUCAAACUUAGUAAUGUUGAGAUGCUUUUUCAAAUGACAAAAACAAAUUUUCUAAUAAGCUUAGAAUUCAAAACGCGCCCCAGUCUUUUGCUCAUUUCUAAAGUGACCAAUACAGCUAUUUCAUAAAAGCUUGGGUUUUGUUGCAAGUAGCAUUUCAAGCUUAAGAUGUAUUGUGGAUCAUAUGUAAACAAUGUCAGCAGGUAUGAAAAUAUGCCCAGCGGAAAGACAUGCAGACAAAGUUUAGCAAAAUGCCAAAAUUUGUUCUUUCGCUGAUUGUAUUUAUUAACAUCGUCCACAUCGUCCAUAAUUCACGUUGCAACGUGCAAGACAAUUUACACCAACUCUUUUUUCAAAUAGCUGUAAACUUUUGCUCUUUUUAAGCUUUUAAGCUCACUUUAAGUAGUAGUUUGCAAAUGAUUUAAUUCGCUAACGUAGAUUGCUAUUCUGAUUAACACUUCCAUCCAAAGAAUUUUUGGCCUUCAAAUUUUCAAAUGUGUGAUAACCUCUUACAACCUGAAUUAAUCAACUCACAGAUUCAAUUGAAAAACCGAAGAAAACAGAAAAAAUGAACUUGGCAUCAAGGGAAAGACCUAACAAACUCUACUCGCAUGUGAUACUAAGUCCGGGAAUCGAACCUUAGACUCGAGAUGGCGAAAAGUGAGAGUAUAACUGCUACGUCACCAUUGCUUCCUGCACUACUCAGUAUUCAUAGACCAAGGUGAUUUUUGAAUAAGCUAUUUUUAAAGGCAAUUUUAAAUAUAUCUAAAUGCAGUACCUUUUUUAUUAAAAAUAAAUAAAAAAGGACUAAGCUUUAUAAGCAAACAAUUGUAGAAUA